CCAUAUCGUGAAAGGUACAACUUCAAGUUGUAUUAUAAAGGCAAAAACUAAAGCAUCAAUACUUUAAGGCAUUGUAAAAUUCAUGAAGAAGACAAUAUAUAUUGCGUAAUGACUUUGUAUUUUAUAUAACACAGUGUUCUAUAAUUAUUAUGUAAGAUAAACAUAUAUAUUGCAUAUAGCAGUUAAUAAAAUUUGUUUUUUAUGCAAUGAAAUAUACACAUAUUAUUAUUACAUAUAUAUUACAUAUGGUAUGAAUUCUCAAUAUUAUUUGUUGAGGGUUCGGCAUGGUAACAAAAUGAUGACUGGGCCUAAAAGAGCGCAGGAGCCGGGGGCUGCUAAGCCUGUUGGAGAAGGUAGUAGCCGUCGUAUUGUCGGCUGCUCUCACGUCCGCUGCGCUGCUGGCGACUGUGAGUCUGUGACGGCAGUUGCGGCGAUAGUGAUAAUACCCAAUGGUUCGGCAGGACUGGUGGUCGUUCAUGCUGUUGUUGCCGGGGAAAAGGGCAAGAGGCGUCCAUAGCUAUGUAGGUUUUAAUUAUUAAUCAAAUUGGUUUAGGUAUAAAAAUAGGUAAAUUGC